AUGGCCGACAGCUCAAACGCUCCCAAGCCAGAUGGCUUGCCUCAGGGUGCCAAAUAUGAGGCUCCGAAGCCUCCAAAACAAAAUCCCGCUCUUCGGAUGAUGGGGAUGCCCAACCUCCGACUGAGAUUACCUUCGCGGAACUGGAUGAUAUUCCUAACCAUUGUCGGCUCCUGGACUGCAGCUGUGGUUUACGACAGGAGGGAGAAAAAGAAGGCGCAGAAGAAAUGGUGCGACGUGGUCGCUCACAUCGCCCAGGAGCCUCUUCCGCCGAACCAGAUGCCCCGCAAAUUGACUGUCUUUUUGUCUGCUCCUCCAGGUGAUGGUAUCAGACCUUCACGACAAUACUUCAAAGACUACGUGAAACCCGUACUAGUCGCCGCCGCGAUCGAUUACGACGUGAUCGAAGGUCGGAAAGAAGGCGACGUCCGAUAUGGGACAGCUGAACAAAUACGAAGGCUCCGGCGGAAAAAGGGUGAAAAGGGAUCCGAUGCAGCAGAGCCAGAGAUGGAUACCGAAGCAGCGAUAGACAUGAUUCGGGAUAGACUGCAGAUUGUGCCAGAGCCUGGAGUCCGAGGGGAUCUAGUCCUUGGAAGGCAUACUUGGAAGGAAUACAUAAGAGGAUUGCAUGAGGGCUGGUUAGGACCAGUCGACGAGCCCCCAGCACCGCCUGAGCCUGUGUCCAUGCUUGAAGCCGAACCCUUGUCUCCCCAUCCUCCCGUCGAUGUCCGAACAGAGAACCUCCCAACAGCUACGGAAAGCCCAGAAGCUUCCGGGCCCGAUUCGGAAAAGAAAGCAGCUGAGGAAGAGAAGAAAGAGGAGGAAAAGAAGAAGAAGAAACCAUACCCGCCACCGGCGUAUCUCUCCAUUGAUAAAUACCCAUCCGCCAGUUUAUCGCCCCAUACUCCAAACACAUUCGAACCGUCUCAACCAAUCCACCAACAGCAUCUCUUAGGAUUUCUCAAGACUCCUCAACGGAUAUACCACUUUCUCACACGCCGAUAUUUGGCGGACCAGAUUGGUCGCGAGACAGCAGCCAUUGUCCUGGCCGCAAGCAGACCGUACGAGCGGGGUUCGUCAUCAGCGACACUCUUCACGAAUCAGUCAGACCUUGACGCGGAUCCUGUGGCGACGAAAGCACCUGAAUCCGAUUCUUCUUCCUCCGCGAUGUCACUGUCUCCGCAGGACCAGACCGUGUGGGAACAGCAAUCUCUCCUCCUCCAAGAGGAACCUAGAUGGCACAAAUCCGUACGCAAACCCCGCACAGAUGACGACGACUCCUACGAGCCUAUCUGGGUUAGAGACAUGGUCAUCGACGAGCGGAUCGGUUCGCGGAUGAGAAAGUUCCAAUUGGAUCCAGAAGAGGAGGCGCGAGCGGACAGGAUUGGUCGGGGCCAGGAGAAGGCGAGGGUGAUGGAGAUCAUGGAUUUGAGGAACGAGAAAGUCAUUGUCGGUAACUUGGACGAUGAUUGA